GCUUUAAAAUGGCCGACACGGAAAGCCUUGUUUCACUAGAAGACAGAAUUGCUGUCCUUGAAAGACGGAUUAUUUCUUCUCAUCCUAAUAAAAAUAAUAAUUCCUGUAUAGAUAUGUUGACUAAAGUCCAGCAAGAUUUAAACAAAAUAGCCACGCGAUAUUCAAAGCUUGGUUUAUUGUGGAAAAGACUUAAUGAGCUGCAAGAGUAUUUGACCCCUGAAUUUCUUGAGAAACUAAAGUUAACAGAUGAUGCCAAAACUGAUAUUAUUUUGGCAGAUGAGAAGAAUUUACUUGAUGCAGCCAAACAAUUGGAGAUUCUUGAUAAACUAAAGAAUGUACCAAGCGAGGCAACAUUUAAAGACAUUCCAGAAUGGUCAGAGAAACUUCAACCAUUAAUUCAAGUGAAUUUGCAGCAAUUGGAAGAUCUCAACACUUUGGAUGAGGAAAUAUGCAACUUAACGACAACAUACAACAAAAUUAUCGUUGACUUAUCAAAUCAAUUUAAACAAUGGGAAAAUAUCAUUUGUGAACUGGAAGAAGAAGCUCAGAAAUCCCAUGAAUAAAUUUUUAUAUAUAAUUUAAUACAUCAACGUUGUCAUAGAUAUUCUUUCCUUUGUACUGUGAACUUUCAUAGUUUUAGGCACUGUGUAACCCCAUAUAUAUGUCCAAGUAUAAUUUAUACUAAUGAGAAAAAAAGUCGAAGCCAG